AUCGUUCAACAACUGCAAAGCCGUGGUCGUGGAGAGAAAAGUCCCGCAUUCGUACCGGUAACGAUUAGCCGGCUGUGCUAUGGCUGAAGCUCAUUCAGCUGUUGCAUUCUCGUUUUCCAUCACCCACGAGGGAUGGGACAUAAACUACGAUCGGGAGGUUCUGGAUCUCGUCUGGCAGUCGGGUGUUCGAUCCUGGAAGAAACGGCUAGCCCGUUGGAGGACCGGCGUCCGUAACGGAGUGUACCCGGCACAUUUACAGAGCCUCUGGCUGGUAAUAGCUAUAGCAAUCGGAUUGCACUUUUCACAACGACACGUCCCGUUCGAUUUAGUCAACAAAUGGCUUUUGGUUUUGCCCGGUGACACACUGCAAUGGCAACUGGCGGCAUGUUCGCUGGCGGGUUUGGUAGUUUGGUUAUCCAUUUGCUACACGAUGCGAUACUCACUGAAACUGUUGCUCAUGUACAAGGGCUGGAUGUACGAGAAGCGCGCCCCAGGCAGCAAAGUAUCACUCCAGACCAGACUGUGGGCAUUAUUUGUGAAAGUGCUUGCCACCUGGAACAAGCCGGGAUUGUACAGCUUCCAGGGAUCGCUCCCACGGUUGCCCCUGCCGAGCGUCCAGGAUACGAUGGGUCGCUACCUUCGUUCCGUUCGCCCGCUGCUCGAUGAUGCUAACUACAAUCGCAUGGAGCGGCUAGCGAACGAGUUUCAGCGCGGCAUCGCCACGAAGCUACAGCGAUAUCUCGUGCUGAAGAGCUGGUGGUCGACGAACUACGUGUCCGAUUGGUGGGAAGAGUACGUAUAUCUGCGAGGCCGCGGUGCCCUGAUGGUAAACAGCAACUUCUAUGGCAUCGAUGCCAUUUUCAUGCACCCGACAAAGGUACAGAGCGCUCGGGCCGCUAGUGUGAUCAAUUUGUUGUUACAGUUCCGUCGGACCGUCGAACGGCAAGAGCUUGAACCGAUUCUAGUGCAAGGACUGGUGCCACUGUGCUCCUGGCAGUACGAGCGUAUCUUCAACACGGUCCGGGCACCAGGUCUGGAGAGCGAUAAAAUUAUUCACUACCAAGACUCGAACCAUAUCGUUGUGCUGUUCCGGGGCUGUUACUACAAGGUUAUCAUCUACCACAACGGCCGACUGCUGCGGCCGUGUGAGCUGCAAAUUCAGAUCGAACACAUACUGCAGCAGCGCGAGGAAAAGCCACAGCCCGGCGAAGAGCUGCUCGCUUCGCUGACCGCUGGUGACCGUACCAAGUGGGCUCAGAUUCGUCAGACGGUGUUCGCCAAGGGAGCCAACCGCACGGCCCUGCACACCGUAGAGAGUGCUGCGUUCGUGCUGUCGUUGGAUGAGAACCCGUUCGAGUUCGAUCUUGCACAUCCGGAAAAGCUGGACCAAUUCGGACGCUACCUUCUUCACGGCAAUGGUCACGAUCGGUGGUUUGACAAGAGCUUCACCGUAUGCGUGGGAAGUAAUGGACGGAUUGGUUUCAAUGCAGAACAUACGUGGGCGGAUGCAGCCGUCAUGUCACACAUUUGGGAAAUGCUGAUCAUGGGUGAAACGGAGCAGCGGGCUGAUGCACCUGUUUUGGCACUUGUUUGGGAAAAUAUUGUCGCUGAUGAGGCAAUCAAUAAACGAUACGAUGAGAAUGGUAACACCGUUGGCAUUCCUGAGUUUGAGCCGCCCACUCCGAAGCGCUUGGUGUGGGACCUGAAUGACAAGGUGGCGCUGGAGGCAAUCGACGAGGCACAUCUGGCUGCUCAGAAGCUGUUGAAUGACGUAGAUUUACGAAUUCUCGUACACGAUGCCUACGGUAAGGGACUGAUGAAAACGUGUCGCCUCUCCCCGGACGCGUUCAUACAGAUGGCUUUGCAGUUGGCGUACUACCGAGAUGCCGGCAAGUUUUCCCUCACAUACGAAGCUUCGAUGACCAGACUGUUCCGUGAGGGGCGCACGGAAACGGUUCGUCCGUGCACAAUCGAAUCCGCUGCUUGGGUGAAGGCGAUGCUCGAUAGCAGCGUUUCGGUCCAAGAACGAGUGCGUCUACUGAAUGCCGCCUGUGACCGGCACCAGCUCGGUUAUCAGGACGCGAUGUGCGGCAAAGGUAUCGAUCGGCAUCUGUUUUGCCUGUACGUCGUGUCCAAGUACCUGGAGAUCGACUCACCCUUCCUGCAGGAAGUGCUGAGUGAACCAUGGAGAUUAUCCACUAGUCAAACGCCGCACGGCCAAACGUCCAAGAUGGACCUGAAGAAGCAUCCGAAUUGCAUUAGCGCCGGCGGCGGGUUCGGCCCUGUCGCUGAUGAUGGGUACGGUGUAUCGUACAUCGUGGCAGGCGAGGAUCUUAUCUUCUUCCACAUUUCGUCCAAGCGGUCCUGCGGCACCACGACCUCGGAACGAUUUGCACAGGAAAUUUGUCGCGCAUUAUCGGACAUGAAACAUCUGUUCGAGGAAUACCGUAGCCUACAGAAGAAGAGCAUCACGAACGGCGCCAAAGCGGACAAGUAGCAAUCUUAAACCAAGGCACACGUUAAAGUGGAAAACAAUCAUUCGUCUACCGACGGUGCCAACCAUGGUGCCGUUGCGUACAUCACAAAACCUCACCCGGCAGUAUCCUUCAAUGUUCGUUAACGUCCUAGAAGAGCGCCGGGGGUCAAAAACAAACCUACACAACCAUUCAAUGUUCAAUCUGACACCUUCCCAUGCGGCACCGCACUGCAAAACAUUCUAUUUUAGGUUGGACUCGUUACUAUAUUUGUUGAUAGUUAUUUCAAAUUUUUGACUUAGUAUAACAUUCUUUCCUGGAAGCGUGCCUUUCAAUGGUGGAAACCGUGAAGGAGACAUAAGGUGUCGAAUGAAGUACACUAGUUUAAAUGUUAUUCUUGUGUUUGAUUCUAUUGUAGCCAAGGCAAAUCCCUGUAUCGAAAUUGGCCUGCUGUUAUGCUGUUGCAGUCUAACUUUACAAGGAAUUGAAUGGAUAAAUGUGUGACAACCAAUCAGAAAAAACUAAACAUGGAUCAACGCAAUCAUCAAUGCAAUGCAAUAAGAGGCAAUUUUAUGAUGUGUGUAGAAAUUGUUUCCCGCUUUGAUUUUGUUUUUUUAUAUAGAGUUUACGAUUAGUUUGUUGUAGAUAAAUAGAAAA